AUGUCUAAAAAGGUAUCAUUGCCUUCUUUACAACCUAGCCCGCAAUGGCCUGAUACUGUAAAUGAUGGAAGCAAUCAUGACAUUUCCAGUGAAGAACAGUCUGCUACAAAUGUGAGGAUUUCUCAUUCAAGAAAUGAAUUAAGAAAGAGACUGGAAAGCAUGGCUCCACUUGAGGUGGCAGCAAAUCCUCAGGCUCUGAAAUUCAUACAUAAUACAAAAGCACGAGAAAGAACCAGAGAACGACAGCAGCCUAUAAAACUGGAGCCUUUGCCUGCAUUAAAAAUUCAUCAAAGCCACAAACAACCUGAAUAUAUAUACCAGAAGAACAGGGAAAGAUUAUUAGCUGCUGGAGUCUUACAGCCUAUAACUUCAACUGAGAAAAGGAAGUGGCCUGUUGCUGUGGAACCAAUAGUGCCGGAGAUUUCAGAAGAAUUAAAGGAAAUGCAGUUACUGGGUGCAAAAGUUCUAUUUCCGACUCCUCCCAAACAGCCUCGUAGUGUGGUCAAGAUAGGUGCUUGCCUCCCAAGCCCUAUUCCUCCUGCCGUUACGUUUCAAGAACCAAAAGAAGUAGUUAAAGCUAAUGUUACAGAACCCCUCGAAAUUAUAAAAAUUAUAUGUGAGAACAAAAAUCUUGGGUUCCUAUACAUGUCUCCUGCAAUGCCUAAGUCAUCCAUUGAAUAUGACUCAUACAGCCUGAAAAUUGUAAGUUAUGACUGCAUUAAUAAAAAAGACUACUAUACUAUUAGCCCGAAUGCCGUUAUUCAUACAUGUAAUGGAGAAGUCGAGUAUCUGGAACUUGCACGCUGGGAGCAGGAAUAUCUAUACCACAGAGCCCUUUGCAAAAUCCCUAUAUUUGCUAUAUUUCGCAAAUGGAAGUCAUUUAAUGUCUGGAGAAAGAAUGUCCGCACUAAGAAAAUUAAAGCGUGCCGCCGAGCUUUGCAAAAGAACUUGUUCAUUGUUAAUGCUUGUUUGAGACCAGCAAUACUUAACAUCCAAGAAAUGUGUUACAGAAUCAGUGACCUGGCAUUUUGUCAUGUUGAAAAGGGUUACUUAUAUACACUGGAUGAAUUCAAGGGUGCUCAGCUGGCACAGCUAAUGGAUGUGGCAUCACGGCUGUCGGAGUUCAGAGAAUUAGCUAAAGAAGUGGUCAGAAGUGCAUGUCGAACUGCAUUGCUUGAGUCUGGUUUUACCCCUGAUGAUUACUUUUAUGCAGUUGCAAGUACAGAACAGGUAACAACGGUAACAAGACUAGCUAGCGCGAAUGUCCUUAUGCCUCGUGUCGAAAGAGAUCCGUAUAGUGAACAACCUGAAAAAAUGACAUAUACAGAACAAGCCAGCAAAAGAGCUCAGUGUAUAAGGUUAACAUGCUUCAUUCGUCUUGCUGACUACCUUAUAGUCAACACUAUGCAUGUCUUGGCAGUCAAAUCCGUCACUACUCUCUUGAAUUAUCUCACUGAUAAGUUGAAAAGGACACCUCCUUCAGAGGUCAUACAAAAAUGGAAUACAGAUGAAGCGCCGGAAGUUGCAGAAAAGAAGGGAACUUCAGUUGUUAUAGGAUCAGAGGACGAUGAGUCAAGUGCUCCCAUGUUUCUUGCAGAGCUGAUUUUGGAGAUCCAUGCACUCUUAUUUGAACCAACAGUGGAAGAUUUCCAGGAUGUUAUGGCUGAGAUUGUGACUCAGUUUCAGGUAACUCUGUUAUCUGUCACAAACUUAGUGCCCGAUCAAUACUUUGAUGCUUUCACUCGUCCUCUUAUUAACAACAAAAUUGAAGAGAAAACUUGUGGUGAAGGUCCAAGUUUACCCAUGAUGUUUAAAGAUGAUAAACACCUGCAAAAUAUCAUCUUCCAAGUAAAGGAGACAGUUUCGUUGGGAUUUGAAGCAGCCAACAUGUAUGCCGCUACUUUUGAAAAAUUCCGGUUAUUUUUCAAAGAAAAUGAAAGUCUUGAUUUGGUUGCUCUAAAGAAGGAAGAACCUGAUGUUAAAUUCUUUGCUGAACAAAUGGAGAAGUAUCACAGAGAGCACAAGGAAGCAGUGGCCAUAAGGCAGAAGAGAAAUCUAGGACUGCUUCUCAUCGACGCUAAAAAAUUGAAAGACAAACUGACUCCAUCACCAAAGCGCUGUCUGGAGGUUAUCAAUGAAAUGCUUCCCAUAAUUGCAAAGAAAAAAGUGUGUGCCAUUCUAGCUGAGGCCCAAGAUGCCAAAUUUAGACUUGAGUUUUUGCCUACUACCACUACAGAAUAUGUGGCUUCCUUGACUUUCCUGGAUGAAAUCCAAGACAGGAUUGAAACUCUUGAGGAUGAAUCAAAAGUAGUGACACAGAUGUAUCAACUUAUUGAACUGUAUGCAGUACCAGCUCCUCCUGAAGAUUUUGCUUUGUUUGCAACCUUGAAACCAUCCAUUGUGACUGUUCGCAAUGCAAUCGACAAAUCCGUGGGUGAACGAGAUUCCAGCAUCGUUAAAUUCUGUCAACUUUUAGACCAAGACGUUCAUGAACUAAAUGAAGAGGUUAAAGACGUGAAACGUGAAGCUGAGGACCCUCAGAUUUUGGAUAUCAGUGCUGACCAAGACAGAGUGAGACAACUUCUGGCAGAGAUGCAAGAUGUUCUUGAUGAAUUACAGAAGCGUGCAUUCCAGUACAAAUCAUACCAGAAGAACUUUAAGGUGGAUAUAGCAAGGUUUGAUGCUCUGGAGGAAGUUUGCGCAGAGCUGAAACUGAAACAGCUGUUAUGGGAUUCUCUCUCUGAAUGGGCAAUACUUGAUGAAGACUGGAUGGAGAGCAAAUUUGAUAGCUUGGAUCCAGAAUCAUUGAAUUCCCAAGUUUCUAAGUAUGCUAAAUAUGUGAGUCAGUUGGAAAAAGGUUUGCCACCUAAUAGCGUCGUUCCACGACUCAAGGAGAAAGUGGAGCGAAUGAAAGAAAAGCUUCCUGUUAUCACAGAUCUGAGAAACCCUUUUUUGAAACCCAGACACUGGGCAAUUCUGGAACAAGUAAUUGGUGCAACAUUAGUAGAUGUGGAAAAUCCACUAACCUUGGAGAAACUUGUUCAGAUCAAUGCUUUUGAAUACGGUCAGGAGAUUCAAGAUAUUUCUGGGCAAGCCUCAGGAGAAGCUUCAUUGGAGACAAUUCUCAAAAAGGUAGAAGAUUCUUGGAAAACAACAGAAUUUAUUGUUCUUCCUCAUCGUGAUUCAAAAGAUAUUUUUAUCCUUGGCGGCACAGAUGACAUUCAGGUCAUCCUGGAUGACAGUACGAUUAACGUAGCAACGAUAGCCUCUUCACGAUAUGUCGGCCCUCUCAAAGCGCGGGUUGAUGAAUGGCAAAAGCAGCUUGCUUUGUUCAGUCAGACAUUGGAAGAAUGGCUGACAUGUCAGAGAAACUGGCUGUACUUGGAAAGUAUUUUUAGCGCUCCUGAUAUUCAGAGACAGCUGCCAGCAGAAGCAAAGAUGUUCCUGCAGGUGGACAAGUCCUGGAAGGAAGUUAUGAGAAAAGUUAAUCGUCUGCCAAAUGCCCUUCGAGCAGCUACUCAGCCUGGCCUGUUAGAGACCUUCCAGAAUAACAAUGCCCUUCUUGAUCAAAUUCAGAAGUGCCUGGAGGCAUAUUUGGAGUCCAAGAGAGUUAUCUUCCCCAGGUUUUACUUUCUAUCGAACGAUGAACUUUUGGAGAUUCUGGCUCAGACUCGGAAUCCUCAAGCUGUUCAGCCUCAUUUAAGGAAGUGCUUCGAUUCAAUCUCUAAACUGGAAUUUGCUUUUACGGCUCCAGCCGAGGGAGAAGAAAAGGUUCUCACCAAUGAUAUCUUAGCAAUGCUGUCACCAGAAGGGGAGCGGGUCGGCUUAGGAAAAGGACUUAAGGCCAGAGGAAAUGUUGAAGACUGGCUUGGCAAAGUUGAAGAAGCAAUGUUCACUUCCCUUAGGCGCCUCAGCAAAGCUGCCAUUGCUGAUUAUCAGACCAAAGAGAGAGUAGAAUGGGUUGUGGCUGGACAUCCCUCUCAGGUUGUGCUCACCAUUUCUCAGCUCAUGUGGUGUCGUGAUCUAACCCAGUGUUUAGAAGGAGAGGAUCUUGAUCAUUUAGAAGCUCUGGCACAAUUUGAAUUGGAGAACUUUGAUAGAUUAAAUGCAUUGGCUUCACUAGUCCGUGGCAGUCUCCCAAAACUGCACAGAAAUAUCAUAACAGCACUCAUAACAAUUGAUGUACAUGCAAGAGAUAUUGUUACUGAGCUUGUACAACAAAAGGUGGACUCUGUGGAGAACUUUGAUUGGCAAAGACAGCUGCGUUACUAUUGGGACCUUGAUCUGGACAACUGUGUGGCUAGGAUGGCUCUGUCCCAAUACACUUAUGGUUAUGAAUACUUGGGGGCAUGCCCAAGAUUAGUGAUCACCCCACUUACAGACCGUUGCUACCUCUGCCUGAUGGGAGCAUUGCAGCUGGACCUAGGUGGAGCCCCAGCUGGACCUGCUGGCACUGGCAAAACAGAGACCACAAAAGACCUGGCAAAAGCACUUGCCAUCCAGUGUGUUGUGUUCAACUGUUCAGAUGGCUUGGAUUAUAAGAUGAUGGGACGUUUCUUCAGUGGCUUAGCACAGUCUGGAGCAUGGUGUUGCUUUGAUGAGUUUAACCGGAUUGAUAUUGAAGUUCUCUCUGUGAUUGCCCAACAGCUGAUUACCAUUAGGAAUGCUAAAGCUGCAAAGUUUUCUAGGUUUAUGUUUGAAGGACGUGAAAUAAAGUUGGUUAUGACUUGUGCAGCAUUCAUCACAAUGAAUCCUGGCUACGCUGGACGGACGGAGUUACCUGACAACCUGAAAGCUCUCUUCAGGCCAUUCUCAAUGAUGGUUCCAAACUAUGCUUUGAUUGCUGAGGUUAUUUUGUAUUCUGAAGGAUUUGAAUCUAGUAAAACACUUGCGAGGAAGAUGACUCAAAUGUACAAGCUCUGUAGCGAGCAGCUGUCUCAACAGGACCACUAUGAUUUUGGAAUGAGGGCUGUCAAAUCUGUCUUAGUCAUGGCAGGGUCAUUAAAGAGAGAGCAUCCAAAUCUGAAUGAGGAUGUUGUAUUAAUAAGAGCAUUACGGGACUCCAAUAUACCAAAAUUUCUUACAGAUGAUGCUCUUUUGUUCAGUGGGAUUAUAUCCGACCUUUUCCCUGGAGUCGUAAUCCCAGAGCAUGAUUACGGGGUGCUGCAGUCAACAAUUAUAGACGUCAUGCUUUCCAAAGGACUGCAGCCUGAAUCUACCUUGGUUCAUAAAGUCAUUCAGCUUUAUGAAACGAUGUUGGUAAGGCACGGUGUCAUGCUUGUUGGUCCAACUGGAGGUGGGAAAACCACAGUUUACCAGAUUCUUGCCGACACCCUAGGAGCGCUGCAUGCAGCGGGAGAGGAGAAACCUUUCUACCAGCCCGUUAAAACAUUUAUCCUCAACCCAAAAUCGAUCACAAUGGGUGAACUGUAUGGUGAGGUUAACAAUUUAACACUGGAGUGGAAAGAUGGCCUGAUGGCACUGAGCGUUCGGGCAGCUGUAGUUGACACCUCAGAAGAUCACAAGUGGAUUGUCAGCGAUGGACCUGUGGAUGCUUUAUGGAUCGAAAACCUGAACACUGUUCUGGAUGAUAACAAGAUGCUUUGUUUGGCUAACAGUGAAAGAAUCAAACUCACACCUUUUAUUCACAUGCUGUUUGAGGUGGAAGACUUAAGAGUUGCCUCACCUGCCACUGUGAGCCGAUGUGGAAUGGUAUAUAUUGACCCAGAGGAAUUGAAGUGGAUACCCUAUGUAAAGACAUGGAUGGCAGGCCUUGAAGGAAAACUCAAUGAGGAAACCAGAACAUAUUUGUUUGAACUGUUUUGUCGUUACGUUGAAGAUGGUCUAAAAUACGUCAACAAGAAAUGCUCUCAAGCUAUACCACAAGUGGACAUCAGUAAAGUCACUACACUGUGUUGUUUACUGGAAUCACUGCUCCUUGGAAAAGGAGGGCCCAGCAUGAAAUUGGAACAGUCAAGACUGAACUGUCUCGUGUGCCAGACUUUCGUGUUCUGUUACCUGUGGUCAAUCGGUGGAAAUUUGACGGAGAUCUAUUGGGAUGCUUUUGAUACAUUUAUAAGGCAGCAGUUUGACGACAAUCCAGAUGCUAAGCUUCCAAGUUCUGGUGAUCUGUGGAGUGUUUACAUUGAUUAUGACACAAGGCGACUGGAUCCUUGGGAAAGAAUUAUACCUACGUUUAAAUACAACCAUAAAGUACCAUUUUUUGAAAUGCUCGUCCCAACCACUGAUACUGUGCGCUAUGGCUUUCUAAUGGAAAAAUUGCUAGCUAUCAGACAUUCUGUAUUGUUUACAGGAAUAACGGGAGUUGGCAAGUCCGUAGUUGCAAGGGCUCUACUAAACCGAAUACAAGAUGAAGCAGGCUACGUUCCUGUUUACCUAAAUUUCUCUGCUCAGACUUCAUCUUCAAGGACCCAAGAGAUUAUUGAAUCCAAAUUGGAAAAGAAAAGAAAAAAUAUUUUAGGAGCACCAGGGAAAAAAAGAGUUGUCAUUUUUGUGGACGAUCUAAACAUGCCUAAAUUGGAUCGUUAUGGUUCUCAGCCUCCGAUCGAGCUACUGAGACAGUUCCAGGACUUUGGAGGGUUCUACGACAGAGAGAAACUGUUUUGGAAGGAAAUACAAGAUGUGACUAUCGCAGCAGCCUGUGCACCUCCAGGCGGUGGACGUAAUCCAGUCACAGCACGUUUCAUGAGACACUUCGCCAUGCUGUGUCUCCCAACGCCCUCUGAGCAUAGCCUUAAACAGAUUUUUCAGGCUAUUUUAAAAGGCUUUUUGGCUGAAUUCUCUUCAGCAGUUAAGCAGACUGCAAAAAGCAUAGUGGAUGCUGCUGUUGAAAUAUAUCAAAGAAUGAGCAUUGAUCUUCUCCCGACACCAGCAAAAUCCCAUUAUGUAUUUAAUUUACGUGAUUUGUCAAAGUGCGUGCAAGGCAUCUUGCAGUGCGACUCUGGAUCAGUUCGAGAUCAGAUGCAGAUAUUCAGGCUUUUCUGCCAUGAGUGCCAGAGAGUUUUUCAUGACCGUCUCAUCAGCAACGAAGAUAAACAAUAUUUCUACUCUAUGUUAUCUGAUAUGGCCAGCAAACAUUUUGGAGUCUCAGCUGAUCCAGACUCAUUUGCAUCAAAACCUAUCCUAUUCGGGGAUUUCUUAAAGGUUGGUCUUGAUAAAGCUGAGCGUGUAUAUGAAGAGCUAACUGACAUGCAAAAGCUCACGAGUAUUUUACAAGACUAUCUGGAUGAUUAUAAUUUGUCAAGUGCUAAGGAGGUGAAGCUAGUAUUUUUCCAAGAUGCCAUAGAGCAUGUUUCAAGGAUUGCUCGAAUGAUCCGCCAGGAAAGGGGAAAUGCCCUGCUGGUGGGCGUAGGGGGCACGGGCAAGCAGUCCCUAACUAGGCUGGCUUCUCACAUAUGUGGCUACAAGUGCUUUCAGAUUGAACUGAGCCGUGGUUACAAUUACGACACGUUUCACGAAGACCUUAGGAAGCUAUAUAAAAUGGCAGGGGUGGAAGACAAAGAUAUGGUUUUCCUUUUCACCGACACGCAGAUUGUUGUAGAGGAGUUUCUAGAAGAUAUAAACAACAUUCUGAAUUCUGGUGAGGUACCUAAUCUGUUUGAAAAAGAUGAACUGGAGUUUGUGAUGGCAGCUACCAGACCCAAAGCAAAAGAUGCUGGUAUAGCAGAGGGUAAUAGGGAUGAGGUAUUUCGAUAUUUUAUCAACCGUGUCCGCCAGAAGCUGCACAUUGUUCUGUGCAUGAGUCCUGUUGGAGAUGCUUUUCGAGCACGGUGCCGAAUGUUUCCAUCGCUUGUGAACUGCUGCACGAUUGAUUGGUUUGUGCAGUGGCCCAAAGAAGCUCUGCUUUCUGUAGCAAGGACCUUUUUUCUGCCUGUUGACCUUGGAAGCGAUAAGAUGAAAGAGAAACUUUCUGUAAUGUGCGUGGAUAUUCACAUGAGUGUGACGGAGAUGGCAGAGCGGUACUAUGCUGAGCUCCGGCGACGCUACUACACCACGCCUACUUCCUAUUUAGAGUUAAUCAAUCUUUACUUGUCCAUGCUGAGUGAAAAAAGGAAACAGCUGGUUUCAGCUCGAGAUCGUGUGAAGAAUGGCUUAACAAAGUUGUUAGAGACGAAUGAACUCGUUGACAAAAUGAAAUUAGAUCUUUCAGCUUUAGAGCCGGUUUUGAAGGAGAAAUCAAUAGAUGUUGAAGCUUUGAUGGAAAAAUUAGCAGUGGAUCAAGAAAAUGCAGAUCAGGUUCGUCGUGUUGUUCAAGAAGAUGAAGCCACUGCGAAAGUAAAAGCGGAGGAAACUCAGGCGAUAGCUGAUGAUGCUCAGCGUGAUCUGGAUGAGGCUCUCCCUGCUCUAGAAGCUGCCAACAAAGCUCUCGAUUCCUUAGAUAAAGCAGACAUUUCUGAAAUCAGAGUUUUCACUAAACCCCCGGACCUAGUCAUGACUGUGAUGGAAGCUAUCUCUAUUCUUCUCAAUGCAAAACCUGACUGGGCAACAGCAAAACAGCUUCUUGGAGACUCCAAUUUCCUGAAAAAGCUUUUAGAAUAUGAUAAAGAAAACAUAAAGGGUCAAAUAUUGCAAAAGCUUCAGAAAUAUAUCAACAACCCUGAUUUUGUGCCGGAAAAAGUAGAGAAAGUGUCAAAGGCGUGCAAAUCUAUGUGCAUGUGGGUGAGAGCUAUGGAUUUAUACUCUCGAGUCAUCAAGGUGGUGGAGCCAAAGAGGCAGAAGCUGAACGCUGCACAGGCAGAGCUUGAUGCUACGUUGGCUACCCUUCGAGAUAAACAAAAAAAGUUGAGACAGGUAGAAGAACAAAUCCAAGAACUACAAGACCAGUAUGAAAAAAGUGUGAAUGAAAAAGAGAGUCUUGCAAGGACCAUGGCGCUGACUCAAGCACGUCUUACUCGAGCUGGGAAACUCACUGCUGCAUUAGGAGAUGAACAGGUCCGGUGGGAAGAGAGUAUUUUGAACUUUGAAGCGGAGAUUUCAAACAUCAUUGGAAACGUGUUCAUAGCCGCAGCCUGUGUUGCCUAUUUUGGAGCUUUUACAGCUCUCUAUAGACAACUGCUUAAAGAAACACUGGACCCAGCUCUGGAACCCAUUCUUUUGAAGCAGACUUUUAUUUCCGGUGGGAGAAUGCUCAUUCGCCUUGGAGACUCGGACAUAGAUUACGACAGGAAUUUUAGGUUCUACAUGACAACCAAAAUGCCAAAUCCACACUACUUGCCUGAGGUGUGUAUCAAAGUUACAAUUAUCAAUUUCACUGUUACCGUAUCUGGCUUGGAAGAUCAAUUGCUAAGCGAUGUUGUGCGCCUAGAGAGACCUGAGCUGGAGGAGCAAAGAACCCAGCUCAUUGUGAGCAUUAAUUCUGAUAAGAAUCAGCUGAAAGCCAUUGAAGACAAAAUUCUGAAGAUGCUUUUUACAUCAGAGGGGAAUAUCCUGGACAAGGAAGAACUCAUCAACACACUCCAAGAAUCAAAGGUUACAUCUGGUGCCAUUAAAGUAAGGCUUGUUGAAGCAGAAACUACUGAAGAAAAGAUAAAUGUAGCCCGUGAAAAAUACCGUCCUGUGGCUACUCGAGGCUCAGUCAUGUACUUUGUGAUUGCAAGCCUGUCAGAAAUCGAUCCGAUGUAUCAGUUUUCCUUAAAGUACUUCAAGCAGCUGUUCAACACAACUAUUGAAACGUCUGAAAAAAACAGUGUUCUGCAGCGGCGCCUAGCUACGUUGCUUAGUCAGACCCUCUAUGCAACUUAUACCAAUGUUUCCCGAGGCCUUUUCGAACAGCACAAACUGAUCUACAGCUUCAUGCUGUGUAUUGAGGUCAUGCGGCAGAAAGGAGAACUUACAGAUGUUGAAUGGAAUUUCUUCCUCCGUGGGUCUGCUGGUUUAGAUAAGGAACGGCCUGCCAAACCUGAAAUUCCAUGGCUUGAAGAACAUACCUGGUUCAUGUGCUGUGACUUAGAAGAAACACUUCCUUGUUUUGCGGGAAUUCAAAAGGACAUGUUGUCCAAGCCCAUUUUCAUUACGUUAGGGCAACUUGACAUUCCUGUCAACCCAGAAUCCUGGGAAGGCUAUGAGUCUUCAGAGGAUGAAAUGAAAUCCAAAGACCCACCAAGCAUUCCUUGGGACACUAGGCUGACUGUAUUUCAGAAAUUAAUAGUGGUGAAAUGCUUUAUGGAAGAAAAGGUGGUUUCUGCACUUACUGAGUUUGUAAUAGAAAAUCUUGGGAAGCAGUUCAUCGAGAAUCCUCCAGUUGAUCUGGCAACCCUUUACCAAGACAUGUCCCCUUCAACACCUCUCGUGUUCAUCCUCAGUACAGGCUCUGACCCAAUGGGGGCUUUCCAAAGGUUUGCAAAAGAGAGAGGAUACUCAGAAAGAGUGGAGUCAAUUUCCUUAGGACAAGGGCAAGGACCUAUUGCAGAAAAAAUGAUUAAGGACGCAAUGAAAUCGGGAAACUGGGUGUUCCUGCAGAACUGUCACCUAGCGGUUUCGUGGAUGUUAGCGAUGGAAGAGCUUAUAAAAAGUUUUACAGAACCAAAUGUGUCUAUCCACGAAAGCUUUCGACUCUAUUUAAGCUCCAUGCCAAGUAAUACCUUCCCUGUCACUGUCCUUCAGAACUCUGUCAAGGUAACCAAUGAACCUCCCAAAGGACUCCGUGCAAACAUCAGGCGAGCGUUCACAGAAAUGACAGCUUCAUUUUUUGAAGAAAAUAUCCUGGGGAAAAUGUGGAGAAAAAUAAUUUUUGGCAUUUGCUUCUUCCAUGCAAUCAUUCAGGAGAGGAAAAAGUUUGGGCCUCUUGGAUGGAACAUAUGCUACGAAUUUAAUGACAGUGACAGAGAGUGCGCCUUACUGAACCUCAAUCUAUAUUGUCAAGAGGGAAGAGUACCCUGGGAUGCCCUUACUUAUAUAACAGGUGAAAUUACGUAUGGUGGGCGAGUUACAGAUGCCUGGGAUCAGAGGUGCCUUCGCACAAUCCUAAGGAGGUUUUUCUCUCCAGAAACAUUAGAAGAGGAGUAUAAAUAUUCUGAGUCAGGUAUAUAUUUUGCACCAGUGGCUGAUGGUUUGCAAGAUUUUAAAGACUAUAUUGAAAAUCUUCCUUUGAGUGAUGACCCAGAAAUUUUUGGGAUGCAUGAAAAUGCCAAUUUAGCUUUCCAGCGUAAAGAAACACAUACCUUACUUACGACAAUACUUGAAGUACAGCCACGAUCAGCUACGCAAGGAUCAGGGAAAAGCAAUGAUGAGAUUGUUCAAGAGCUUGCGAGCACAAUUCUGACCAAAAUACAUGAAAAACUUGACAUGGACACUGCUGCGGAAAGCCUUUUUGUCAAGGAUGACAAAGGGCGAGUGGACUCUUUGACGACUGUCCUUGGACAAGAAGUGGAUCGUUUCAACGGCCUUCUCAAGUUGUUAAGGAACUCACUAGAAACACUCAACAAAGCCAUUGCGGGUUUUGUGGUGAUGUCAGAAGAGAUGGAGAGAGUGUACCACAGUUUCCUGAAUAACCAGGUACCCACCCUGUGGGCCAACGCAGCCUACCCAUCACUGAAGCCCUUGGGAGGAUGGGUGAAGGACCUUGUGCUGAGGACAGCCUUUGUAGAUUUCUGGCUCAAAAGGGGUCCACCUAAAUCAUUCUGGAUCUCUGGCUUCUUUUUCCCCCAAGGAUUUUUGACAGGCACUCUUCAGAACCAUGCGCGAAAAUAUAACUUACCAAUCGAUGAGCUUAGUUUUAGCUACACCAUCAUUCCCGUCUACCGAGAUCAAAUACAAGUUUCAGAAGCUUCAAAACAAUCUCAUUUUGGAAAUGAAUUGCCAAUGGAUGCCCUGCUGCCAUCUCCUGAAGAUGGUUUGUUGGUCCAUGGGAUGUUUAUGGAUGCCAGCCGCUGGGAUGAUGAGAAGAUGAUUAUAGAAGAUGCUUUGCCAAGGCAAAUGAACCCAAUGUUGCCAGUGGUGCAUUUUGAGCCGCAGCAAAAUUACGAACCAAGUCCCACGCUGUAUCAUGCCCCACUUUAUAAAACCGGGGCUAGGGCAGGAACUCUAUCUACCACAGGUCAUUCGACCAAUUUCGUGGUCACGGUCUUGUUGCCUUCUGAACGGCCCAGUGACUAUUGGAUAUCCAAAGGAUCUGCGUUGCUUUGCCAGCUGGAGGACUAA